AUGGCGACGUCAUUCCUUCCUGUCUUAGAAAGUGGCCCCAGUUCAAAACUGAACGUGGACAAAAGAGAAGAUAGAGUUCACAGCAUUAUUUCUUCCAGCAGAGUCCUACAGGCAGGCCUGAAAACUUUGAAAAAGUCACAAGUUGAUGAGAAACAAGCCGAGCUGGACGAGGUGGACAUCCAACUUGCGGUGAAGAGGCAAGAGUUUAAGAACCGUUUGGAGGCUCUGGCUCGUAGAAAGUCAGAACUAGAAUCAAAACAACAGCAGGAUCAAGAAAAAAUGAUGAAAUUCGAGAAGUUCAUAUCGGAGAAUGAAGUGAAGAGUCGUGGAGCGCUGAAGAGGUGGGAAGCCGCACGGCAGCACAACAUCACGAAACAGGGAGAGAUAGAAGAUCUGACAGAACAACUAAAACAACUCAGAGCCAGGAAGCUCAGUUUAAAAGAGAAGACCACAAAAUACAAAAUCUACGAGGACUAUUUGAUGAAAACACUGGAUCAACUUCCCAGCAGUGAGUCCAAGAAUGGUUAUGAAUCUUUGGGUAUGCCCAUUAUUCGGCGCCACGAGACCCUGUCUAUCACCCAUCAGGAGCUAUGGCAACAAUUGAGACGAAUGGAGGCGGAGCUAGAGACGGGUCAGCGACAACUGCAGACCAUGGAGCAGGAGCAUAGUGUUAGAAAACUGCUGGCCAAUAAAGAACUUUCUGAACUGCAGAGUGAGUUAGAAACCCUUAAAGAGAAGAACCAACAAGCAGAGGCUGACCUGGUCAAUAUGCAUGGUGUGUCCAGGGAGAAGGCUAAAGAGAUGGGGAAAUUACUUCUGGCCAUCAACAGCCUUGCACAACAGUGUUACCUUCCAGCAUAUGGACCACUGGAAACAAUGGACACACUGACGAAGAUGGACAUGGUGAAGGAGUACAUUCUGGACAAGGCGGACACGGAAAGAAGAGCGAGGAAAACGAUGGAGCACGGCUUGGCGAAGACAAGUGCAGCAGCUCUGAACAACAAAAAAGAGACGGCAUCGAUGAAAAGUAUUUGA